AUGGCAACUCCAGCAGUAGACAAGGAGGGUCUCUUCAUCCCCCUCAUUGACUUCUCAGCUUUCCUCAACGGCAACGCCGCCAAGCGCAAGGAAACAGCAAAGCAAGUCCUCGACGGCUUCCAAAACGCAGGUUUCAUCUACCUCGAAAACGUCCCCAUCAGCCAGGACCUCCGCGCCGCCACGUUCGCCAAAUCAGCAGACUUCUUCUCCCAGUCCGACGCCGUCAAGCAAGGCCUCGGCUGGACCACCCCGCAGGCCAACCGCGGCUACUCCGCGCCCGGCCGCGAGAAAGUCAGCAACCUCACCACCAACGAGGAGAUCGAAAAGGUGCGCGCGGGGAACCCGGACCUCAAGGAGUCGUUUGAGAUUGGCCGCGACGGCGAGCCGGACCACCCGAACCAGUGGCCCGUCGAGCGGGACGGCGAGCGCGUGGCCGGGUUCAAGACGCAGAUGCUCGAGUUCUUUGGGCAGUGCAAGGCGCUGCACGUCGAGGUGAUGCGCGCCAUUGCUGUGGGUAUGGGGUUGGAGGACGAGCGGUUCUUUGACGGGUAUACCGACGUCGGGGACAACACGCUGCGUCUGCUGCAUUACCCUUCCGUCGACCCCAACGUCUUCAAGGUGAACCCGGGUCAGGUGCGUGCUGGAGAGCACAGCGAUUACGGAUCGAUUACGCUGUUGUUCCAGGAUGACCGCGGGGGUCUGCAGGUGCGAAGCCCGAAUGGGCGGUUCGUGGAUGCUACGCCGAUUCCUGGGACGGUUGUGGUUAACGCUGGGGAUUUGCUUGCGCGGUGGAGCAAUGAUACUAUCAAGAGCACGAUUCACCGCGUCGUGGAGCCGCCGCGGAAGCCGGAGGACGGGGAGGAGUAUCCUCCCCGUUACAGUAUUGCGUACUUUUGCAACCCCAACUUCAAGAGUCAUAUCGAGGCUAUCCCGGGGACGUACGCCACGGAGGAGGAGAAGAAAUACGAUGGUAUCAACAGCGGGCAGUACCUCGUACAGAGGCUGACAGCCACCUACUAG